CUUUGAAAUAGUACCUGUUGGGAGAUACUUGGAGACCAAGUAACGUAAAGUUGUUUCCAGGGUACUUGCGCCCCCUAGUUUUGCCAAGGUUACAAUGACAGCGGCAGACACAGUAGGGUGUCAGUCCUGGUGGCUGUGCUUCCCAGGGCCAAUUUCUGUCUUCCCCCUAGAUUGUAUCCCUUGUAUUACCAUAAUGCCUGGCACACAGUGAAUGGCAGUUUCUUACCCGAUUCAUUUCUUUUAUGUCAGCAGUUAGCAAUGUGUAUUGUAAUUAACUGCCUGUAUGUCUUUCCCACAGAUUGUGAGCUUGUUGAGGGUAGUCAUCACGGCUUAUUGCUUUUCUAUCCCCCGUGUCUGUCACAUAUUAGGUGCUUGAAAAUUACAUGUUUCAAUUAGUGGCGUGCAGCAGACGCUAGGGAAGAAGGUAAGGGCUACAAGUCAAUCAGCGGACGGCACUUUUCCUGCUCUAAGCGGAAGUGAGGGCAAGGGUAGCGGAAGACGCGGCCGGCGCAGUCCGCAUGGAAACCCACACAUCUCAGCCACCACGCUGGCGGCUGGGCCUCAGAAUUCCACGGGUGGGGAGGAGAGUGGGGCGGGAAACCGAAAACCGAAUUCUGUGCUCCCGGCAUUCCACGUGGGCGGUGCUCCCCUUUGACCCUUCGCUCCCUUGCUACAUAUCCGGGCUUCUGCUGCUACUAGUCCGGGGAAGAUGGCGGAUGCAGCUGUCGUGCUUCCUGUAGAGUGGAUAAAGAACUGGGAGAAAUCAGGGAGAGGCGAAUUUUUGCAUUUAUGCCAGAUCCUGAGUGAAAAUAAAAGCCGUGAUAGUUCAUCUUAUAAAGAUUUCCAGCAAGCUCUUUAUGAGUUAUCAUGCCAUGUCAUUAAUGGAAAUCUCAAGCAUGAACAGGCAUCUAAUGUUCUUAGCGACAUUAGUGAAUUUCAUGAGGAUAUGCCUUCCAUUCUUGCUGAUGUAUUCUGCAUAUUAGAUACUGAGACAAAUUGUUUAGAAGAAAAAAGCAAGAGAGACUAUUUUACACAAUUGGUAUUAGCAUGUUUGUAUUUAGUUUCAGACACAGUUCUAAAGGAACGCCUGGAUCCAGAAACAUUGGAAUCAUUAGGGCUUAUCAAACAAUCACAGCAGUUCAAUCAAAAGUCAGUUAAAAUCAAGACAAAACUCUUUUAUAAGCAGCAAAAAUUCAAUUUGUUAAGAGAAGAGAAUGAAGGUUAUGCCAAGCUGAUUGCUGAAUUGGGGCAAGAUUUAUCUGGAAAUAUUACUAGUGAUUUAAUCUUAGAAAAUAUCAAAUCUUUAAUAGGAUGCUUCAAUCUGGAUCCCAAUAGAGUUUUGGAUGUCAUUUUAGAAGUGUUUGAAUGCAGGCCAGAACACGAUGAAUUCUUUAUAUCUUUAUUAGAAUCUUAUAUGAGUAUGUGUGAACCACAAACACUGUGUCAUAUUCUUGGAUUCAAAUUCAAGUUUUAUCAGGAACCAAAUGGAGAGACCCCUUCAUCUUUAUACAGAGUUGCAGCAGUACUUCUACAAUUUAAUCUUAUUGAUUUAGAUGAUCUUUAUGUACAUCUUCUUCCAGCUGAUAAUUGCAUUAUGGAUGAACACAAACGAGAAAUUGUGGAAGCUAAGCAAAUUAUUAGAAAACUUACAAUGGUUGUAUUGUCUUCCAAAAAAAUUGAUGAGCGAGAGAAAGAAAAGGAAAAAGAAGAGGAGAAAGUAGAGAAGCCACCUGACAACCAAAAACUUGGUUUGUUGGAAGCCUUGUUAAAGAUUGGUGAUUGGCCGCAUGCCCAGAACAUUAUGGAUCAGAUGCCUCCAUACUAUGCAGCUUCACAUAAGCUAAUAGCCCUUGCUAUUUGCAAGCUUAUUCACAUAACUAUUGAGCCGCUCUACCGAAGAGUUGGCGUUCCUAAAGGUGCUAAAGGCUCACCUGUUAAUGCUUUGCAAACUAAGAGAGCACCAAAGCAAGCAGAGAGCUUUGAAGACUUGAGGAGAGAUGUCUUCAGUAUGUUCUGUUACCUUGGUCCUCAUCUUUCUCAUGAUCCCAUUUUAUUCGCAAAAGUGGUGCGCAUUGGCAAAUCAUUUAUGAAGGAGUUUCAGUCUGAUGGAGGUAAACAAGAAGAUAAAGAGAAAACGGAAGUUAUCCUUAGCUGUUUGCUUAGCAUUGCUGACCAGGUACUACUUCCAUCUCUUUCGUUGAUGGACUGCAAUGCUUGUAUGUCUGAGGAACUAUGGGGAAUGUUUAAAACAUUUCCAUAUCAGCAUAGAUAUCAUCUGUAUGGCCAAUGGAAGAAUGAAACUUAUAACAGUCACCCACUUUUAGUAAAAGUUAAAGCUCAAACAAUAGACAGAGCCAAAUAUAUCAUGAAGCGUCUAACCAAGGAAAAUGUGAAGCCUUCUGGAAGACAAAUUGGAAAGUUGAGCCACAGCAAUCCAACCAUUUUGUUUGAUUAUAUCUUGUCACAAAUACAAAAGUAUGAUAACUUAAUAACACCUGUAGUAGAUUCAUUGAAAUAUCUCACUUCGUUGAAUUAUGAUGUCUUGGCCUAUUGUAUCAUUGAAGCUCUAGCUAAUCCAGAAAAGGAGAAAAUGAAACACGAUGAUACAACCAUCUCAAGCUGGCUUCAGAGUCUGGCUAGUUUCUGUGGUGCGGUUUUUCAUAAAUACCCGAUUGAUCUUGCUGGUCUUCUUCAAUAUGUGGCUAAUCAGCUAAAGGCGGGCAAAAGUUUUGACCUGCUUAUAUUGAAAGAAGUGGUACAGAAAAUGGCAGGAAUAGAAAUUACAGAGGAAAUGACAAUGGAGCAACUAGAGGCCAUGACUGGUGGAGAGCAGCUAAAAGCUGAGGGUGGCUAUUUUGGCCAGAUCAGAAACACUAAAAAAUCCUCCCAGAGACUGAAGGAUGCACUAUUGGACCACGACCUUGCUCUUCCUCUGUAUUUGCUUAUGGCUCAGCAGAGAAAUGGGGUCAACUUUCAGGAAGGUGGAGAGAAACAUUUGAAACUUGUGGGAAAGCUCUAUGAUCAGUGUCAUGAUGCCCUGGUGCAAUUUGGUGGGUUUUUAGCAUCUAAUCUAAGCACAGAAGAUUACAUAAAGCGAGUGCCUUCAAUUGAUGUGCUCUGUAAUGAAUUUCAUACACCCUACGAUGCAGCAUUUUGCCUGUCUAGGCCAAUGUAUGCACAGCACAUUUCGUCAAAGUAUGAUGAACUUAAAAAAUCAGAAAAGGGAAGUAAACAGCAGCAUAAAGUUCAUAAGUACAUUACAUCAUGUGAAAUGGUGAUGGCUCCUGUCCAUGAAGCAGUGGUCUCCUUACAUGUUUCCGAGGUCUGGGAUGACAUCAGCCCUCAAUUUUAUGCCACAUUCUGGUCAUUGACGAUGUACGACCUUGCAGUUCCACAUACCAGCUAUGAACGGGAAGUCAAUAAACUUAAAGUCCAGAUGAAAGCCAUUGAUGACAAUCAGGAAAUGCCUCCAAAUAAAAAGAAAAAAGAGAAGGAGCGCUGUACUGCCCUUCAGGACAAGCUUCUUGAAGAAGAAAAAAAACAGAUGGAACAUGUACAGCGAGUUCUACAGAGACUGAAACUGGAAAAGGACAACUGGCUUUUAGCGAAAUCUACCAAAAAUGAGACCAUCACAAAAUUUCUACAGCUGUGUAUAUUUCCUCGAUGUAUUUUUUCAGCAAUUGAUGCUGUUUACUGUGCUCGUUUUGUUGAACUGGUGCAUCAACAGAAAACUCCAAAUUUUUCCACACUUCUUUGCUAUGAUCGUGUUUUCUCUGACAUAAUUUACACAGUCGCAAGCUGUACUGAAAAUGAAGCUAGUCGAUAUGGGAGAUUUCUUUGCUGCAUGUUAGAAACUGUGACCAGGUGGCACAGUGAUAGAGCCACAUAUGAAAAGGAAUGUGGAAAUUAUCCAGGAUUCCUCACUAUAUUACGGGCAACUGGAUUUGAUGGAGGAAAUAAAGCUGAUCAAUUAGACUAUGAAAAUUUUCGUCAUGUUGUACAUAAAUGGCAUUACAAAUUAACCAAGGCAUCGGUGCAUUGCCUUGAAACAGGCGAAUAUACUCACAUCAGGAAUAUCUUGAUUGUGCUAACAAAAAUACUUCCUUGGUACCCAAAAGUAUUGAAUCUGGGUCAGGUUUUGGAAAGAAGAGUACAUAAAAUCUGCCAAGAAGAAAAAGAGAAGAGGCCAGAUCUAUAUGCAUUGGCUAUGGGCUACUCGGGGCAGUUGAAAAGUAGAAAGUCAUACAUGAUACCUGAAAAUGAGUUUCAUCACAAAGACCCCUCUCCGAGGAAUGCAGUUGCCAGUGUACAAAAUGGGCCUGGUGGUGGGCCUUCUCCAUCAUCGACAGGAAGUGCAUCUAAAUCUGAUGAAAGCAGUAAUGAUGAGACUGAUAAAUCAAGGGAGAGAUCUCAGUGCGGUGUGAAAGCUGUUAAUAAAGCUUCUAGUGCUACACCAAAAGGAAAUUCAAGCAAUGGAAAUAGUGGCUCUAACAGCAGCAAAGCUGUUAAAGAAAAUGACAAGGAGAAAGGGAAAGAGAAAGAAAAAGAGAAAAAAGAAAAGACUCCAGCUACGACUCCAGAGGCCAGGGUACUUGGUAAAGAUGGUAAAGAAAAACCAAAGGAAGAACGGCCAAAUAAAGAUGAAAAAGCAAGAGAAACGAAGGAAAGAACACCUAAGUCUGACAAAGAGAAAGAAAAAUUCAAGAAAGAAGAAAAAGCUAAAGAUGAGAAAUUCAAGACCACCGGCCCCAAUGUAGAAUCAAAAUCUACUCAAGAAAAGGAAAGAGAGAAGGAGCCAUCCAGAGAAAGAGAUAUAGUAAAGGAAAUGAAAUCAAAGGAAAAUGCUAAAGGAGGAGAAAAAGCACCAGUUUCUGGGUCCUUAAAGUCACCUGUUCCCCGAUCAGUCAUUGCAGAGCCUGAAAGGGAACAAAAACGCCGCAAAAUUGAUACACACCAUUCUCCAUCAUAUUCCUCGACAGUAAAGGACAGUCUCAUCGAACUCAAGAAGUCUUCAGCAAAGCUCUACAUUAAUCAUGCUCCACCACUGUCCAAGAGUAAGGAGAGAGAAAUGGACAAGAAAGAUUUGGACAAGUCAAGGGAAAGAUCCAGAGAAAGAGAGAAAAAAGAUGAAAAGGACAGGAAAGAGCGGAAAAGGGAUCACUCAAACAAUGACCGUGAAGUGCCACCAGACUUAACCAAGAGACGAAAAGAGGAAAAUGGAACAAUGGGGGUUCCAAAGCGCAAAAGUGAAAGUCCAUGUGAGUCUCCUUAUCCAAAUGAGAAAGACAAGGAAAAAAAGUCAAAAUCUUCAGGCAAAGAAAAAAGCGGCGAUUCAUUUAAAUCUGAAAAGAUGGAUAAAAUCUCCUUUGGCAAAAAGGAGUCUAGGCAUGAUAAAGAAAAGAUAGAAAGGAAAGAGAAACGGGACAGUUCAGGAGGAAGGGAAGAGAAGAAACAAUAUCCUUUUCAUCUUAUUGAUGUUUUUAAUCAGUAGAAUGGAAAGCUUUGAUACUGGUCAUGUUUAGAAUUGUACCCUUAUAGUAUAUGGCCCAAAAAGGCUUAUUAGCUUUUAUGUGGUCUCUCCAGUUAACCCUCUCAAAUACAUGAAAUAUGGAAGUGGGACACUUGAUUACUUUUUAACUUCUGUGGUGACUGAGGUUGUUUUAUGCCACUAAGGGAUUUAGAUUCCCUCUGGCUGUAUUAGCACUGAGAGGAAGAAAAGGAACAAAGUCCCUUAGGCUUAGGGCAUGGGGAAUAGAAGGGCAGGAUGAUGGGGCAGAUGAGCAGAGCUGGUAGAGUGUAGAGUUGGAGGCCACCAGGCUGGUCAGAGCCAAUUAGGCCUGCGGGCUGAGGGAUUGAACUAAAAGAUGAGAUGCUGUUCUCUUUUUUUUUUUCUUUCCCAAAUUGUUUUCUCUUAAUUUGUCAUCUACUCAUAAGUCCUCCGACAAGCACAGAUAAUGAAGACUUUGAGUCAAGUACUUGGUGUGAGUUCUGUGCACUGGUAUUCAUGGACACCAAAUAGUUGGAGAGAACAAGAGGAUUUUUCUGUUUCUGUUCUUCCACUUAAGGUAGACCAAAUAUUUGCUACCGUGUGCUGUGCUGUUUUUUAUCUAGACAUGGGUGUGAGCAUUUAAAAGGCUCCCCUGCCACAUUUACCUCUAAGUGGCACUAUCCCUACACAUGCAUUUAUCCGGAGUAUGCUAAGAUUCAGUUCGUUUUAACUGUGUUAUAUGUUAUCUACAUGGAACAUCUCAGGGACUGUGUUUGCCAUGAUAAGAAUUUCUAGAUAGUGGUAUAUAGGUAAAUGAAGGAAUAAUGAAGAAUUAGGAGGGUUGUCCCUGUCUUUUUCCUAUAACUUCUUUCUUCAUUUUUUUAAUUGUCACCUUCACCCAUAUAUGUCUUUCUACUCGGGGUGGUGUGUGUGUAUGUGUGAGAAGUAGGAUCAUGAAACCCUGACAGCUUCAGACACUCGUGCAAAUGAAGGGAACUAAAUUCGGGGAUACUUCCUUUGAGGUGAAGACACUGAACCAAAAAUAAUGAAUUUGGUGGGCUUGUAGUUUAUGGCUUCUCUAAAAAAAAUUCUGUUGCCAUCACGAGGGCUCUUUUAUGAGGAAUCUGAGAACUAUUGAAACAUUUUUUAGGACCUUGUUGGUGAAUGUGAUCAUCAAAUUAGAAAGUAUAUGUGUGUGUUUAUGAGGUAUACCUCUGAUAAGAAGGCUGGUUUUAUAUUUGCUUUUCUUCUCUGUGUUGAUCACCAGUCUAGCUGCUCUUUUCUCCAGAACACCGUAACUUUUCAAACUUGCUUCUUGAUGUCACCACUCUAUAACAUCAUUUGAAAUCAGCUGUCUCAACUCUGAGAAGGUGCUCUUUGAGGGCAUUUCAUGCAAUAGUUUCCUGAUGCCCUGACAAAGGAGGAGGGCAUGGUGGAAUAUAGGGAAAUGACUUUACUAGUAUAAUAAAUAGGGCCUAUGUCUGGCCAAAAAAAAGGGCAGGGGGUGGGGGAAGCCCAAGGAUGCCCAGAGAAUUCCCAGUAGAAAGUGAUGUUUACAGAUAUAAUAUUGUCUUCGCAGAGUGGAAAGCCUGCUUUUUUGGAAUGUGUCCUGCAAACAUGGUAUUUCCAAGGCAGUUUAUAGCCCUGGUAGAAUAGAAGUGUCUAGGAUGGAGGACACCGAGCUCUGAACUGAAACCCUUUGAGAAACAUCAACAGGCCUAGGUGUGAAAAAGAGAGAUCUCUGUGAUCUCUUGCAUUUAGAGCCUUUUUCUUAUUUACAAUGGUUAAAGUAGCGCAUAUUUUUUAAAAAACAGUUAAUUAAAAAAAACCUUGGAAGAAUGUUCCAGGCAAUGUGGUAUAAAUUCAUUGUUAAUGAGAAGAAAAUACUACUCUGCUGGAGGACAGAGUCCUGAAGGCUGAGUUUGGCACUGUUCAAUCACUGUGUGACUUUCUUCUUAAUGGCAGUUCUUUCUGAAGUUCACUGCCUUUGAGUGCACUUUUCAAGUUUGUUAUCCCAACACUUCAGCAUUAUUUUAUAAAUAUGCUCUGGACACUGCUGAGAGGCUGACCUCCCAUAUCUUCUUCCCACUUGCUCUUGUGCUUGCUGAUUUGUCAUUCCAGGGCAGGGACAGACCCCUAAGCUGAAGGUCUCCCAGAGGAGGAUGCCAAAGCUCCAUGCAUCACUCUCAGAACGUUCUCUCCCCUAACUAAGAGCUUCUGGUGCUGUCCAUUUAAUCGGAGUCUGCUUUUAGUCAGAAGAUGAAUGCACACCACCAUCCUCUUGACAAGACAUUCCAAAGUCACUGAUUUUCAGAAUAUUGUUUUCACCUCCAGGCAGUUUCUUGCAGCAAGGUCCCUGUGUAUACAAUUUUUACUCAAGAUUCACCAUCCAGAAGCAGCAUCUAAUGAAAAUUUCACUGUUUUAGUUAUCCUUUCUCAGAAAGGACAGGAAAUCACCUCCUGGAACCAAUUCUUUAAUGUUGUAGAUAGGCGGUAUUUGUGUGUGAACUCCUAUAAGCUUGACAAUAUUGGGAUGAUUAUAUUGCUUGAGGAUUUUGGAAUCAUGUUUUAAAAUUUUAAUUUCAGUUCCUGGGAAAAAUCAUCUUCGUGUAUUUUAACAGGAACAACAGUUUUAUCCUUUGAUAUGCCCUUAAAUAUGUCAUCAAAACUAUCAUUGAUGUAAUUCUAUUGUGACGUCUUGAUGAUUGAAAAUCAAUUUAUUAUUCUACUUAUGGCCCUAUAUGUCUACUGAUAUCAUGAUACUCUUUAUUAGAACAUUGACUUUUUGGGGGGUAAUUUAAAAAAUUUGAGAUAAAAUUUACAGAACAUAAAAAUUGCCAUUUAAAAGUGGUUUUUAGUAUAUAUACUAAGUUGUAACAAUCACCAGUAAUUCUAGAGCAUUUCCAUCACCCCAAAAAGAGACCCCAAUUCUCCCCUUGCCCCAGCCCCUGGAACAAAUAAUGUACUUUCUGUCUUCAUGACUUUGCCUGUUUCAGAUAUUUCAUAAAAAUGAAAUAAUGAAAUAUGCAGCCUUUUGUGUCUGGCUUCUGUUAUUUAGCAUCAUGUUUUCAGGGUUCAUCCAUGUUGCAGCAUGUAUCAGAACCUCAUUUCUUUUUAUAACUGAAUGAUGCUCCACUGUAUGAAUGUGUACCACAUUUUGUUUAUCUGUCAUAAAUGAUGGACAUGAACAAUGGAUUUUAGGUAUUAAAAUUGUAAGUUCAACUUUAGUGUAUCUACAACUACAAUUGGUAAUGUCAAGAUUAUACUUGGUAUAAACAGAAUGCUGUAUAGAAACAGUAUGUAAAUUAUUUGUCAGCAUAUCAUGCAUAUGAUUUCUAAGGCCCUUCUAGCUCUGGUUUUAUGAAAUAUUUGAAUGUAGUAUUUUGUCAAUAAAGUUUAAUGCAUUAAGCAUUAGUUUAAAAUUUGAGAACAAUGUUAGGCAGAUAUGAAGCUAUUUGCCACAUGUUGUAAUGAUCAUGUUUUGAAUUUAUUUCAAUAUGCAGUAUUUGAAAAAUGUCAAUACAUAAAAGUAAAUGACUAUAAUUAAGUCAAGAUAUUUUUAAAGCAAUUUUUAUAAUUUAGCAGACACUGCAUCUUAAUAUAAGUCACUGUUAAAAUUGUGUCCUUGUGAAAAAUGAAAUGUCAUUUUUUUGUUGUUGAUCAUGUAAAAUUAAUUCCUUUUCAUUGCUGUGUGUUCUGUUUACUUUUGACAAGCUGUUGCUUGCCCCUGUGGAAUGUUUUACUUCUAUUUCAUUUUUCCCUCCUUUUUCUCCUCUGAUCCCUCCCUCUCAUAGCCAAAUAUUCACUGUUUUUUUAAAAAGUCAUCAUAAUGUACCCUGUCUUUAAUGGUUUCUAAGAGUAGGUGAUCAAAAAUACACAGAUAUUUUUCAUCAUCAUUGAGAGACUUUAUUCAAGCCUUUGUUACUGACAGAACUCAACGAUUUCUUUCUUAAAUCAAUCUUCCUUUCUUCCUCUCCCCUCCUCUCCUUCCCUCCUGCUUUCCCUCUUCCCCGUCUAUCUCCCCCCUUCCCCUCCUCUCUCCCUCCCUUCUUCCUUGCCUUUCUCCUCCUUUCCUUUUUUGUCUGUCAAUAUAAUCACCUUCUUUCUUUCAGAUGAGAUUGGAAUGGAAUUGUUCAGCUGCGUCAAGAAAUUAAUUUUCCUGAGUAGAUUGCCAAGAAUUAUGAAUGAAGAGGUCCGGUCCAUUUGCAUCUACUUAAAUUAUUCAGUUAUCUGCUUUAUUGCUCCGUGCUGAAAACUUGGAAGUUGAGUUGUGCAUUAAAGUUUUUAACUUUUUGCUUAGUUUCUACAUGUUUAUUUCCAGUAAAUGACUGAAAGUGUUAACUAUUCCAUACUUUUAGCACAAUGUGCUGCAUACAGUUCCCAAAAAGCAAAUAAGGUUACAUGUGUACAGAAUUUCAUUUUAGGUUAACUAAGCAUUGCCUGGGUUUAGUUGGGGGUUUUUUUUUUUGUUGUUUCAGUCUGAAAUGCUUCCUUUCCAUUGUUUGAAACAAAAUGAACAAUAUUGAACCAUUUUGAAUUUACCUCAUUUUAAAACUCAGUUUAAAUUUAUUAUUUGGCCUGUUGUUAAUAUUGGUCACUAAAAACAAAGUGAGAGCAGUCUUACGCAAUGCUUAGGAAUCAUUUUAUAUAGUAUGUAUACAACAUUAAAACCUGUUGAAAAAAAAGAAGGAGGUACCAGCACUCACUUGUCUUUGGCCAUUUUUUCUUGUAAUUAUGUUAGACAAAUUGGUGGGAGGGGGGAUCAAAAGUUAAUUGUGUUUAAUUCUACAGCUAGAGAAGCUUUGUAUUGCUGAACUUUCAUCUGGGAAAGUUUCACAGUGACAUUUUUAAAAGAAAAUUUUUUUAUCAACUGAAUUCUACCAGUGUAACCUUUUUUCUAAAUAAACAACAGUUUUCUCAAGUGAUUGUA